CUAUGAAGAGAUGUUUAAAUCCUGGAAAUUUUUUGCAUCUCCAGCGGAAAAAGUAGGUGGUAUAUUCUCACUAUUGAUMAAAGCAAUAUUAGCAAUUUUGCUCCUGGCUUCAGUAUCUAUCGUCUUCUAUUCGAGCUUCUCAAGCCAAGCCCGAUGGCUGAGAUGCUCUCGAUGCGAAGGCAGAGUUAGAAAUUACGGUGACCAGAGUGAAACUGUCCGCCGCAUUUCCAGCGAAGGCUACAACGAGAGGAUGGGCGUAUCCCACAUCCUGUUCGGAAUCGGAGGCUCGUUAAAGACAUGGAAGGACCGCCGGUAUUACAGCGAGUUAUGGUGGAAGCCAAACAUUACUCGUGGGUUCGUUUGGCUGGACGACGAGCCCGACAACAAAGAUCCCUGGCCUGAAACCUCACCGCCGUAUCGUGUAUCAGAUCACUCGUCGACGUUGAAGUACGCCAAAUUGUACUGUUCCCGGCCCGCACUUCGCCUUGCGCGAAUCGUACUGGAGAGCUUCCAAUUGGGGUUAGAGAACGUGAGGUGGUUCGUGAUGGGAGACGAUGACACGGUGUUUUUCGUGGAGAAUUUGGUUUCCGUCUUAUCCAAGUACGAUCACAAUCAGAUGUAUUACGUCGGGGGAAACUCGGAAAGCGUAGAACAAGAUGUCAUGCAUUCGUAUGAUAUGGCGUUUGGAGGUGGUGGAUUCGCCAUCAGCUACCCCCUCGCUGCCGAGGUGGUUAAGGUUCUGGACGGGUGCAUUGAUCGGUACGCAUCUCUCUACGGCGCUGAUCAGAUGAUACAGGCAUGCCUGAGCGAGAUCGGGGUCCCCCUCACCAAGGAAUCUGGUUUCCAUCAGGUGGACAUUCGUGGAGAUCCAUACGGUCUAUUAGCGUCACAUCCGGUGGCGCCGUUGGUGUCGCUCCACCACCUCGACUACGUGAAGCCCUUCUUCCCAACCGAAACCCAGCUGGAAUCGGUAAGAAGGCUAUAUGGGGCGUACAAGGCGGACCCCGGUCGAACCCUGCAGAGGAGUUUCUGCUACGACAUCAAGCACAACUGGUCUGUGUCGGUUUCUUGGGGCUACACCGCCCAAAUAUACCCUUACUUGUUGACAGCCAAGGAGAUGGAGAGUGCACUGCAAACGUUUCAGACAUGGAGGAGCUGGAGUAACGGGCCAUUCACUUUCAACACUAGGCCCUUGAGUGGCCUAGCUCCAUGUGAACGGCCGCUUAUUUACUUACUGGAGCAGGUUAAUAAUGAUGAAAUAGGGCAGCGCCAGACGCUGACCACUUAUAAGAGGUUUGUGGAAGAUCCAGGGCCAGGGGUGGUCUGUAAUCAGUCCAUCUACGGUGCUGCGUUGGCUGCAUACUACGUUAGCGUCUCCGCUUCCAAGUUUGAUGGUGGGGAAUGGAAGAAGGCCCCACGUAGACAAUGUUGCGAGAUAAUCCACACAAAUGGAACGGACAGCAUUGUUCAAGUCAAGAUUAGAAGCUGUAAACCCAAUGAGACCUUCACUCUGCCUUGGACAUAAAUCCACAUCGCUUCUCCCUUUCCUCUCCUGGCCGUAAAUGUUUUUACUUCAUGGAAUGCUAAUCCUACAACCAGCCCCCUGGUCAUGUUGAACGUGUGGCUGAACAACUACGUACGUGUCAUAGAUAUAUUGGGAUCUCGCAAAUUCUACAAUCAGCUCUGGUUUUCCAGCAAGCAUAUUCCUCUUUCCCUAUAUAUAGGUGGUUGCCUUGAACCGGCUGUCUUGUACUUUUGAAAAGAAUUUGCACUGUUUACUAUGGAUAUACCUUCAA